CUUUGUGUGAUUUGAUUCCAUGUGUUCCUGUCAGACUGGAGUCCCAGAUGACCUCAGACAUCCAGGCCAUCCUGCACCUCCUCCAGAGGCAGACCACGUCCGGGCCCCCCGCCUACAGCACCGUCACCUCCAGCCCGGAGUACCAGAGGCCGGCCAUCAGGGUGCAGCCGGUGUCGGCCCUGCAGGCGGAGUUCAGCCUGGACCCUGCUCCGCCCCGGCCUCAGAGCCCGGAGAAGACCCCGAACAGAUCCACAGACGGCUCCCCGGUGCUCCUGCGACCCGACGCUCUUCCAGACGGGGGCGUGGCCUCCCUGCUGGAGACAGACUGGGUCUCGGAGCAGAGACACACACAGGACAGCUCUGUGGAGCCCCCCCCCCACCAGAGGCUGCCGUCAGGCCGACAAGCCUCCCUGCCUGAAGUGGGCUCAGCACCGUCAGCACUGCAGCGGCCUGUGUCUGACCCGGGGCUCCCAGGAAACUAGCCCCCCCCCCCGCACCUCUCCUCUCAAGCUUGUCUCAGGGUCUAAGAAAGAGACUGUAUAUGCAAAGGCAACUGUAGACUUUCUUCCAUUACUUUUACGGACUCUCUCCCCCGCCCCUCUCUGAUUUAAAUGUAUAAAGACAAUUUAUACAGAGGUAUUUAUACACUAUAUUAUUACCACGUGUAAAGUCAUCAUCCACCGUGUACAUACUUUAUAGAACACUGCCAGCAACACGAGGCACCUGAUGUGCUUUUUCUAAAACAGAUAUGCAUGUUUUACGUCCUGACGGUUGCUUUUCUUCCUGUGGCAUGUUCCUCACUCUGACUCCCUCCAGGACCUCUGUAGCUGUCACCUCUUUUCUAACGCUCCUCCCCCCCCCCCCCAGGGAAUCAGCUACAUGAAAAUCUUCCCGAGGCAUUUCCACAGGCUCUGAUCUUUCUAUCAGCAGCUCCAAAACGUCCACGCAGAGAUCUGCCGCUAUAUUUAGCAUGCCUGAUUCCACCACAACGCUGAGAAUACACAGCGCAGUGUGUGAGGCUGCGCAGACAUCCCACAACCACACACACGUCAGUCUUUGAGAUCAAUAACGAUCUCAUAUCUCUAGAGACGAAUCCGCUCUGGAGAUCAUUUUACACGUGAACAAAGUAAAGAGCCUCUUUCAGCUGCAGUUAUGUUCCUUCACAUGUUUCAGACAACAUAUUGAAUGCUUGAAUUAUUAGAUUUAAAAACACAUAUUUACCAUAUAACCACCUGAAUCCUAUCAAUAUAACAGAAGCAUGGCUGUGGGGGGUUUGCAGUUCACUCUGGACUUGUAAGGGUCAGCGGUCUGCGGGUGUUUCUUUACAUUACUAUUAGGGCCAUUGUAGCUGGAAAUGAAUGAAUUUGAAAGAUAUGAAUCUGGAGAACAGGGGGUAAACCUUCACUUUGCAAAGCUGUGGUGUGCAAUGUGAAGUUGUUUUCAGUGAAGUAGGGACUUAAAUCUGUUAGAAAAUAUUUAAACUUUCUUGCAAAUUAUUAAGAGAAAAUAUUUGAUAUUUGUAAGUGUUCUCUUGUUAAUGAACCACUUAAAACUCAGAGAAUAUCCAUGUGUUUUCUCUAUAAUGUUCUUUAUUUUUGACCCAAAGACACCCUAAUACACUGUCAUUUCUCCUUCAUAUGCUAACCGACAGGAAGUGACAUCUUGAAUCUCCUUCACACCCUGAGUGAACUCUGACGAUCCCACGUGAUAGUUUUCAGUUGCAUGCUUUAGGUCUUCCAUUGUCUUCUUAAAAAGUACAAUUUCCUAGAUAAAAACCAGGAGAAAAGGACAAAAAAAAGAGAAAAUAGUUGUCCAUGUUUUCGGGCCGCCUUCACUAGCCUUAGCUUUAAACGCCUGCUCUAGCCUUGACACACGACGGCGACCCGGUGCAACAGCGCCACAUUUAAAGGAACCACGUUAGGGUGCAUGAGGAAAAUGAAUUAGUCAUUUCCUAACCACACACUCUCACACAAGCUCAUGUAUUGCAUGGAGACUGCACUCAAUUAUAACAAGGUCUCAAACUGUUUAUGACAUUUGGAAGGAGAUUUAGAAAUAACGCUUCGACCUAUUUUUCUAAAACAAAGUUUCAUUUGCCAUUAUUUUUCUAUGACCUUAUUGUUUCCCCCGAGAUGUUGAGGGGAAGGCUUUGGAGUGCAGAAGGGAAGAAGAUGAAUGCAAUGUACAGCCUCUCAAUGUAGCAAGCAACACUUCAGUGACGGGCUUUAGGCUGCAUGAAACAUUCAUAUUGCACAUCAUAUCAUUUCUACUUCUUCAACCCAACUCUUUACUUUGUUAAAACCCGGGGAAACCUUAUUUAGGAAAAGAGAAACCACACGGAUGCUCCAGCAGGGUGUCCUCCAUCUUUCUUUCUCGAGCACAGAUGUAGAACAAAGGUUGCUGACGCCGAUAGACUCCACGCGUCCUGAACACUUUUCCAUGGGAUUUGCUAACUUUUGCACAGAUUAGAAAACUUGCUGUACUGGAUAACAAUGUCCCUUUUGAAAUACUUAGUGCUGUUCACAAUUGUUUUUAUGCAUUUUUUUAAAUGUUUGCCACUGUAUUUUAUACAAUGCAACACUUAACAGCUCAUUUGAAUGUUUCUGUUCUUAACUAUAUUUAA